AUGUCACACUAAGUUGAUUAAAAUGAUGAGUCUGGGAGCAAUUUUAGUAACGUUUAUCCAAAUGAUCGCUUUAAUUAUGAGAAUGAAUGUUUUAAUUAUCUACUUUCUUCAUUAAAUAAUCUAAAUGAAGAAGGUCUUUUGAAAUAAGAGAAUGAAAUUAAAAAAAAUACCCAAUUUUCUGGCAAUAAACUCUUUAUCAAUAACAGAAUAGAGGGUCUUUUGGAUGAAUACAAGAUUACUGAGGAAUCGAUGGAAUGCAAUGACGGUGAUAAUGAAAGAAAUGAGGAAAUAGAAUGCUCAAAUAAUUUACGUAAUCAUUCUGGAGGUGAUAAGUAAAAGGCGUAACAACAGCCUUUGUAAACGACAGAAAGGAUUGCAACAAAUAGAUAAAGAUACACAAAAAAAGAUAUUCAAAGCUAUUAAUUAGGAACUGCAAGUCCUAUCAAGAAACAAAACAAAUAGCAAAAUCAAGAAACUAGAAACCUACCUAAAUAUUUUGGUAGACACAUUAUAAAGAGAGUUAGAAGGAAAUUAGAGGAUGAGUAAAAUAGUUAAAUUAAAUCUGAAAUUAGCAACAAAUUAGAUAGAUUAGAAAUGAAGCAGAGGUAAGAAGGUAAAUAAAAAAUAAAAAAAAUUGAAUUCAAUCUUAAGUUAUUAAGAGACAUUUUAGAUGAGUCCUAUUUUAGAGAACAGGCAAUCGAAUAUUUAACCAGCUUCGACUUUUUGGAUGACUUGCUGCAAUCAGAUAAAUAGCAAGACAUCAGGCCACAAAUCAAAUACGUUAAUAGAAUGUAUGAAGGAUGUUAUGACAGAAAAAAGUUAUUAAGAUGGAAAGAUUCUUGA